CAUCUGUGGGAAUGGUUCUCCCAGCUCCACGUGACCAGAUAACCAUUGACUAUAUUCUUGAAAAAGUAGGAGGUGAUACUCCGGUGGAGGUGAUGGACGUUCUCUCCCAGCAGGGUGUAAGUCCACGGUGGAACAUGCAGCAGUGGCGAGACUACUUUUCAGCCGCUCCAGGUAACCGGGACAGGAUCCGAAAUGUGAUAUCUUUGGAAAUCAGCCAGAUCAAGGGUUUAGGAGUGGAGUUCAAGCGUCCUAACAUGGUAGAUGCAAUCGAUUUGGUGGAUAAAACUUGGAAUGAUAGCUCUGAGAGACCCCAGGUUACCAAAUACUGUCUUAUGUCUGUGGCAGGGUCGUUCACAGACUUCCAUAUUGACUUUGGUGGGACUUCUGUGUAUUACACUGUGUGCUCGGGUGCUAAGACAUUUUUGAUGUUUCCGCCAACGGCCCAAAACCUUGAACUUUAUACAUCGUGGUGCCUUGAUGAGAAUCAGAACUUCACGUGGUUUCCGGAGUUCCUGAAGUUCAAUAAGGGAAAACGAAUAUAUCCUGAAGGGGGAUUCAAAGUGACGUUAAGGCCUGGAGAUGUAUUUAUCAUCCCUAGUGGAUGGAUCCAUGCGGUACAUACCCCCGCUGACUCUAUUGUCAUUGGUGGAAACUACUUGACUAUGAUGAAUAUGAAGACUCAAUUGGACAUUUACAAGAUUGAAAAAGAUACGCACGUUCCCAUGAAGUUCAGGCACCCUCAAUUCAAUAAGGUAUUAUGGUUGGCCAGUUACUACUACUAUACUCACCAGGGCGAGUACUUGAGUGACAUCGGAUGUGGCAAGGACUUGGUCAAACAAGAACAUGAAAAAGAUGCAAAAGAUACUGAAAAUAAAAUGGUUGCAAAAAAGGUGCUCUCAUCGCUCAUCUCUCAUUUGAGAGACCAUUACAAUUUAAGCAAGACUAACCACGCCGCAAGGAAGAGCAUCCCCACCACAUUGAUCGGUAAGGAUGUCGAAAAAUAUUUAAAUGGAUUGAACAAACUACUUGAAGAAGUAAUAUACAGGGUAUAGUAAUGAUUAA